AUGUCCAAUAGUCCGGAAUUAGAUACACUGCCUAAAAUUGAUCCACGAAUUUUGAAAUGGAUUUCUCGCUUGUUUGAUAAGGAACAUUUGGCUUCAUUUUUUGCACUUGUAGAUUCUUCGGCUAUUGUGGGAGUUUCAAAUUUUUUUAUAACCUUAAUGAUUCGAUGGCCGUCCAAGAAAGUUGUCUUAUUAAACAACAUGAUUUAUGGAAAACGUCCCGUAGUUAGUUUGCUAUGGGGUACAUUUGAAAAUUCAGAAUUGGCUCAAUUAUUAUCAAAUAACAAAUCAAACUAUAACGCUAUGACCGAUUCCACUUUUUCUGAACAAUGGGGUUUAUUUGCCUUACUUUGUGAGGUAUAUAGUAGAGUUUUGUUUACUAUGGGUGAUGAUGAAUUUUUUGAUGAGCGUAAAAAUCCGUUAAGAAUAUCAGAAAUCAUCAAGAUGUCUACUUGUAUGAAGCAUGUGGGAUUUUUGUUAUAUUGGAACAGGAAUAAUAGUACUCCAUUAAAAAUGGAUGUCAAAAUUGAUAAUAGCUGCAUUGAUUUAUAUUAUCUAAGAGAUAUUGUUACUAAAUUAUUGCGGCAGAUUCAUGCGAGAGAUUCUCGCCGCCAAUUCACCCCAUCAAAUCAUUGGUUAAUGACUUCAGAGAUUGACAUGAAUAUUUUUGUGAAAAUUGUAGUUCUAGAUGAACAAGAUAUUGAAUAUGAUAGUGAUGAUAAUGCUUGUGAAUUAGAUAAAAUGCAGAUAGCGAAUAUUAGCCCAAGACUUGGAAUCUUGUAUAAUAUUCCUUUUGUAAUACCAUUUGAGGAAAGGGUUAAAAUCUUUAGAGAAUUUGUUCAGAAUGAUCGUGAGCGGAAUAUUAAUCGUGCUGAUUUAUUUAUGCAGCCACGUGCACGUGUUUCAAUUAGACGAACUUCUGUGUUUGAAGACGGUUUCAGUAACCUUAAUGCAUUAGGUUCUGAACUGAAAAACCCGAUUGCUAUUCAAUUCAUUGAUGAAUUUGGAAUGCAAGAAGCUGGUAUUGAUGGUGGUGGCUUAUUUAAGGAAUUUCUGACUUCAUUGACACGUAUUGCGUUUGAUACAAAUUACGGGUUAUUCCUUAGUACUAAUGAACAACUUUUAUACCCUAAUCCAUAUGCAUAUGCCAGUCAAGAACAGCUUAGCUACUAUGGGUUUAUAGGUCGUAUAUUAGGAAAAGCUCUAUAUGAAGGAAUUUUGGUUGAUGCAGCAUUUGCCGGCUUCUUUUUAAAUAAAUGGCUAGGAAGAACAUCAUAUUUGGAUGAUUUGCCCUCUCUUGAUCCAGAAUUGUAUCAGGGCCUUAUAUAUUUAAAAAAUUAUAAAGGCGAUGUUGAAUCGGAUUUAUCACUUAAUUUCACUGUUGUAAAUAAUGAGCUUGGAGUAUCUCGAACUAUUGAACUUAUUCCAGGAGGAAGUGAUAUACCAGUCACUAAUGAAAACCGUAUUAGUUAUAUACAUAGGGUGGCAGACUAUAGAUUAAAUAAACAAAUAGAGCUUCAAUGCGGAGCAUUCUUUGGGGGAUUAUUAGAUUUGAUUAAUCAAAAAUGGUUAAUGAUGUUUAAUCAGGAAGAACUUCAAAUACUUGUUGGAGGAGCAUAUAUUCCGAUAAAUAUUGAAGAUUUAAAACAAAAUACAGAGUAUUCUGAUUACAAAGAAGAUGAUCCUGUCAUUAUUAAUUUCUGGAAAGUUGUAACUGAAUUUCCCGAAGAACAAAAACAAAAAUUAAUAAAAUUUGUUACUUCGUGUUCUCGACCUCCUUUACUUGGGUUUAAUGAACUUCACCCUAAGUUCAGUAUACGAAAAGCUGGAUCUGGAACUCGAUUACCUUCUUCCAGUACUUGCGUUAAUUUAUUAAAGCUACCAGCUUAUUCUGAUGAAAAUACUUUAAGAGAGAAAUUGUCAUAUGCCAUAAAUGCUGAUGUUGGUUUUGAUCUAUCUUGA